AAAUCCAUUUCUUUACGAAGACCCAUAAUGGUAUCUACAUCCCUUCUACUACCCCCUAUGAAGCAUCCCCCCCCGCUAUGCCGGAGGUUUUUGUUUGCUAACUAUGCCCAUAGAGCAAUCCGUUCAGCAUAAAUGGCGGCGCGGUUGUAGCGAUGUGCGAAAUCCUUCAUUUCCCACCUUUGUGAAGCUUAGUUACUGAUAAAGGUUGAUGGAAUCAGGGUUGGGAAGGAUUGUGUUGCUAUUGCCUGCGAUCUGAGGUUAGGAAUGCAGGCCCUUACUGUAUCCAAUGAUUUCCCCAAGAUCUUCAACUACGGCGAUGUCUAUCUAGGUCUGACAGGUUUGGCGACGGACGUUACAUCUGUGUUUGUCCCCCCUCUCGUUGUUGGUCUGUUUCGUUUAUCGGACACUGACUCCCUCAUCCAUUCCACCCCCGGUCAAGUUUUGCUGAUGAAGAGGUGGAACAUAUAGCUCCGAGCUCUUCCGCUAUAAAGUGAACAUGUACCGCCUACGAGAGGAACGUGAUAUCGAACCCCAGACCAUGGCGAAUCUAGUCUCAUCGUCUCUAUACGAAAAACGAUUCGGACCGUACUUUGUUUCGCCUGUCAUCGCUGGAAUCAAUCAACAUAGCGGCAAGCCGUUUGUCUGCGGAUUUGACUCGAUUGGGUGUAUCAACUUUGCUGAAGACUUUGUUGUGUCGGGGACGGCAUCUGACCAGCUCUUUGGUACUUGUGAAGGGUUGUGGGAGCCUGAUUUGGUAUGAUCUGCUUGAUCAUGAAGGAUGGAUAGAGCAGGAGAGCUACCUGCUGAUAUGCUGGUGUUUUAUAGGAGCCAGAGGACUUGUUCGAAGCCAUCUCUCAGGCACUCCUUAACUCUGUUGACCGUGAUGCGUUGUCCGGUGGGUCUCUUGCACAUCCUGGGAGUGGUUUUGCAUAGUUGCUGAUCGGAGGCAUAGGUUGGGGUGCACAUGUUUAUCUUGUAACUAAGGAUAAGGUUGUCAAGAGACUCCUCAAAGGUAUACUCCCCCCUCACCUAUCAGCGCUUUCUUCUUGGUUUCUUUUCCGUGGUGGUUUGGUAGCUAACAAUCUACUUUCGCGGGCGGAUAGGAAGACAAGACUAAUAUUAAUAUAAAAAAAAAGGAUGGAGAGGACUUCUGCGAGAGCCACAAUGGGAUUUGGGUGUCUGUAUUUAUACUCAUAAAUCAUCAUCACGUCGUCUCCUCUAUUUCUAGAGCUGUGGAUAGCUGCGAAUAAAUACCCUUUCCUGCCUGUAUAGAAUUUUUUUUAUGACUCGAAUAUUGGGGUCCUGGCAGGGUAUGGCGAUGUAGCGUAUAUGGUGUGAUAUCGGCAAGUAGGUUGGAGCGACGCCUGGGUGGUCUCUGGAAAUGAUUGGGUUUGCUCCUUUGUGAUAUCUCGAAAACUACCUCCACCACGCCAUGUUCACGGAACAAUUGGAAUAUACAUUUAUCCGGA